AUGAAUAAUGCAAUGAAACUGACUUCUCUGAUGAGACUAUCAGUACCAGCAUCUUGUUCAAUUAAGGGGCAAAUACCGCAUAAGAGGUGUAGGUUCUUAUUUCAUCUACAAGUUUCCUCAACUUUUCGAAAGUCGAUGAGUUCGGGUGAUUUUCAUGAACUGACUGGAUUUUUCAAUCCUACAGCUCAUGGACUUAGAAGUUGUAAAGUGCCUCAAGCGGAAUUGAAAAAAAUGCUUGAGGCACUGAAUCAACCUGAGUCCUGUUCAACUACAGGACAAAAACCGCUACUGGCAUUAGAAUUGGAUUGUUGUGUGAUUCCCCUUCGAAAUAACCUGAAACUUAUUCAAACAACUGACUUCUUUUAUCCUCUGAUUGAUGAUCCUUACACAAUGGGCAGAAUUACGUGUUGUAAUGUUUUAAGCGAUUUGUAUGCUAUGGGUGUUGUUGAUUGUGACAAUUUACUCCUACUACUUGGUGUUCCGCGUGAAAUGACUCAGGAAGAACGCGAAGUAUCCAACUGUUUAUUAAUGAAAGGAUUCAAGGAUUGUGCACUAGAAGCUGGGACAUAUGUUCGUGGUGGACAGACAGUUUUAAGUCCUUGGUUGAUGAUCGGUGGUGUGGCCACUUCAGUUUGUAAUGAUCAAGAGUACAUCAUGCCUAAUCAAGCUCGCGUCGGUGAUGUUUUAGUACUCACUAAACCUUUGGGUACUCAAGUCGCCGUCUCGGUUUACUACUGGAUGUUAGAAGAAAGUCCAUCGUGGUCUGAAAAUCUAUGCAAUGUUAUCAGUGCGGAUAAAGUCAAGAGUCUGUUUCAUGCUGCCACAAUGUCUAUGUGUCAUUUGAAUCGUACAGGUGCUCGACUGAUGCAUAAAUACCAUGCUCAUGGUUGUACUGAUGUGACUGGUUUUGGUCUUCUUGGUCAUGCAAACAAUUUGGUAAAAGUUCAAGAAAGCAAUCAACUAGCCUUCAGAAUCCACACCUUGCCAUGUCUGGAUGGUGGUGCAUUGAUCUCAAAGGCACUGAACGAUCGUCUAAAGUUGCUUCAAGGAUUAUCACCAGAAACAUCAGGCGGUCUGCUAAUCAUUCUCCCGCGUGAAUCUGCUCAGUCUUUCUGUGAAGAGUUAACUGCUGAAACUGGUUGUCCAUCAUGGAUAAUCGGAGAUGUAAUAGAGGCCAGUAGAAAAGAAGCCAGUCUAACUGACAAUCCAAAAGUUAUUGAUAUUCCUCAUUCACAAAUCGCUCCACCUAAACAGCCUAUAACUAAUGACCAGUAG